ACACCCGGGGGAAGGUGUUCCCGAGACCGCUCCCAUCCUCACCCCGCCUCCCGCUUCCCCGGCGCUAGCCUCCGCCGGCGGAGCCCACUAUGCCAGACAGUUUCGACACUUUGCAAAGACAAAGAGCCCGAGACCGGAGGAAGGAGCGGAGAGAAGAGGAAGCCGAGGAGGACCGGGAGAUGUGAGAUGACCCGGGUCUGACCUUCCCGAAUUGGCAAUGGCGCCAAGAGGCAGUGGUCCCCUGCAGGGCCAGUGGUGAGCGCGGCGCGGCGCGGCUCGGAGCAGUAGGGCAGGACCAUCUGGGUGAGGGCAGAGGUGGACAGUGGCUCAGCCCCCGGAGAUGAAUACCGUGAAACUUAGAGUGGUUAAGGGACUCCACUGAGCACGUAGCAGCUAAGCUCUGCCUUCCUGGAGAUGUCACUUAACCGUCCAUCCGUGGUGACAGUGUGGGAGCAACGAGGCUCUAAAUAAGGACCUUUAGACCACACUUUCCGGAGGAAGGAGGUGGAGAUUGUCCUCAACUGCCUCUGAGGCCUCCUGAAUAUCCCAGGCCCUCUGACUACCCUUGCACUGUUGGGAUUUUCCUCGUGCUUCCGCUCGGCUGAGAACUUCCUCCCACACACCCUCCCUUCCGCCCACCCCCGUCCAGAGGUCCAGCGAUCAUGAGGAAGAAGACCUUCAAGUUGCUCACGUUCCUUGUGCUCUUCAUCUUCCUCACCUCCUUCUUCUUGAACUUCUCUACCAGUGGGGUGCCCACUGCCUGGUUCCCCAAGCAGAUGGUCCUGGAGCUCUCGCAUGGCCUGCGGAAGCUCAUCAAGUCCCAGCCGUGCACCUGCGCACGCUGCGUCAGCCAGCUCAAGGUGUCCGCCUGGUUUGACCAGCGUUUCAACCAGACCGUGCAGCCGCUGCUGACAGCCAGCAAUGCGCUCCUGGAGGAGGACACGUACCAGUGGUGGCUGAGACUCCAGCGGGAGAAGAAGCCCAGCAACCUGAGCGACACCAUCAGAGAGCUGUUCCGCGUGGUGCCUGGGAACGUGGACCCCGCGCUGGACAAGAAGUUAGUGGGCUGCCGGCGCUGUGCCGUCGUGGGCAACUCUGGCAACUUGAAGGACUCCUCAUAUGGUCCCGAGAUAGACAGUCACGACUUCGUAGUCAGGAUGAACAGGGCACCCACCAUGGGCUUUGAGGCCGAUGUCGGGAGCAAGACCACUCACCAUCUUGUGUAUCCCGAGAGCUUCCGGGAGCUGGGGGAGAACGUCAGUAUGGUCCUGGUCCCCUUUAAGACCAUUGACCUACAGUGGGUGGUCAGUGCCACCACCACAGGCACCAUCUCCCACACCUACGUACCAGUGCCCUCGAAGAUCAAAGUGAAACAGGACAAGAUUCUGAUCUACCACCCAGCCUUCAUCAAGUACGUCUUUGACAACUGGCUGCAGGGCCACGGGCGGUACCCGUCCACCGGCCUCCUCUCGGUCAUCUUCUCCAUGCACGUCUGCCACGAGGUGGACCUCUAUGGCUUCGGGGCAGACAGCAAAGGGAACUGGCACCAUUACUGGGAGAACAACCCCUCGGCAGGCGCCUUCCGCAAGACCGGGGUUCACGACGCGGACUUCGAGUCCAACAUCACCACCACCUUGGCGGCCAUCAACAAAAUCCGAAUCUUCAAGGGGAGAUGACGCCACCGCUGGUUAAGGAUGUUCAUAGCACAUCACACCUCUCGAUUUCCAGCCCUAGCAUCUCACCAGAGCCAAUCCAUUCUAGAAGCUUCCAGGGCUGGCCACAGGGUGUGCCCAGGCUCACUUGCAGCCUCUUGCACCCCUACGUUUGGCAGCAUCUCCUCAGCAAAGCCGCCUGAUUCUCCCAGGGUGCGGGAGGACUUUCCCGCUGCUCUUCCCAAGCUGGGGGACAGUAUGCAGAGAGUCUCCGAACAUGACAGUUAUUUUGACUUCUGGGUUUGGGAGGGUGGGGGUGAGUCCUGAGGCCUCCCAUAGUCUGACAGGCUGGCACUUUCUAGAGAGGUCCCUCUGAGACUGCACCUGCACUCUCUGGCCUCAUCGGCAAGCCCUGACAGCUGUCUGGGGAGCAGAGACACACUGGGCCACGCCUGGAGCGAGAUGCUGCCCUCCUUUGCCCGAAGCCUGGCCUCUUGCUUGGUGUGCCAAGCCCUCGGCCCUUUCUUCUUGAAGCUCACAGUUGAUGGCAGGGAAAGGCUUCUGGCCCUACCUAAAGGUCAUCAUAGAAACCUGGCCCCUUGUGUCCAACAGGUCCCGAGGCCUCUUCCUAAACAUGUCCCUUUGUCUGAUCAAUCUCCAUGAUGACACUGAUGGCCAAGAGCAGGUCUGACUACUUCCAUGUGCCUUUGAACUUGAGAAAGAAAUGCAUGCAUUUUGGCUGCUGCGAGGCAUAAUCCUCAACUCAAGAAAGGGGACCUCCACCAGCACCCCCUUUUUCUGCAUAGCAAGGAAUCCCUCUCUCUUUUUUGUUCUAGCUUCCUAAGCCAGAGCACAACUUGGAACAAAGCUCCCAUACUACCCCGCACAACCCAGAGGGUGUUAGGCAUGGGACGCCCACUCAUAUUUCCUCACACUGUUUGCUUCGGUGCCCCUGACCUUCGGAGGCUAAACAGGGGCUCCUGACAACCAGCAUCCUUCCCUGGGGCCUAAACACUGGGCCAAAGUCCCCUCCGGCUGUCUCUGCGGUGUCCUUGGGGGCCAGGGUGGGGACGCUUCAGGACCAGCGGCUGGUGCGUACCUCAUCUCUCUCCUCUGCUGUCCCCUCCUCUGCAGGCUUCCUGAUUAUUUAUCGAUUCGUUAAUUCAGCUGACACUGUGCGCUCUGGCCUUGCUGCUGUUCCUGGUGCUUUUGUAGCUUCCUGACGCUUUCCUUACCUACUAGGUAGAGGUGGGGGGGGGGUGUGUGUCAGGGAAGGCCCCUGGGCAUCUCUGAUGGGCAGAGGAAGACAGCGCUGGGAGUUUGGUGGGGGCACCAGUGGUCUUUCUUGGGGUGAGUUAUGUCAUCUCCUUUCCACUAGGAUAUGUCUCCCCUUCCUGGCUGAAGGCAGAACUUACUCAGGCUAGCGCCUCUCACCUCAGAUAAGUCCCUGGGCAGGAAUGGGGCAGUGCCUGUCACCUCUGGUUCUAGAUGGUCGAUCAGAGACAUAGGCAUUCCCUAGAGCCCGCUGAAGCCGCAUCAAGGCCGGCUGAAGGGUGGUGACUUGGGAGCCAUGCCUGUUCCCUUGCUCAGGGUCUCCCUGGCUAAAGGGAAGUUUGAGGGCCUUAGUCGGUGAUCACACACGGCUUCAGGCCAUUCACAGGCGUCCCCAGAAAGUAGACACUAAGACUAGAGUGUAAGGAUCACCUUGCUGUGUGAAAAACAGAGGACCGAUUCCAGGGACAGACCUGAGUUAAGUGAACAUUGGCUCAGAGUGCAGUACAGACCCCUGAGCUCAAACCUUGCUAAGAGCUGAGCCUACAUCGGGGUGCCGGGUUCGGGAGGAGUGCUCUGUCUACUUCCUUGAAUCUCUCCGUAUGAGAGGCGCAAGUGCGGGUUCCAGAACUUGGACAGUGAUCACCUCUGAGCUGAGUGUGGCCCACUUCACUGCUCUACCCUGUCGCCCUCUCUCCCUCUUCCUUUUUGUUCAGCCCUGAAGCCAACACUUUUCCUGUAGCCCAAAAUCUUCCACCAUCUCUCUGGUUUAGCAAUCUGUUGUGGCCACAGCUAAAUGUGCUAAUUGACUUAAGGCAAUUGGAGCUCUGCUUGGGGCAUGAGUGAUUGGGGACCAGGCAGGGCCCCUGAUUUGCCCAAAGGGACUGGACUGGCCAGUAGUCUGGCAGAAGCCGGGACGCUGAGCCAGAAGCCACCAAGGCAGGGGCGAGAGGACACAGAUGCACAAUGAGUUGUCUUUGCAGUCCACAGUGAACUGGGGCGGGGGGGGGGGGUGACAUCAGCCCCUCCACUGCCCCCGCCCCCUUUUAGGGGAAAGAAAGAGGCAGGCACCCAAGAAGGAUGAGGCAGAGGAAAUCAUGACAUGCUUAAGCACAUGCCUUUAGAGACUGACCUUCAGGUGUCAGGCGCCCACUCAACAAACCACAUGGGCUGUGCUGGUGGGAGAAGCCGGGCCCCAGAAAGCAGAGCUGAAAGGCCGAAGCCAGCCCCACUCAGCAAGGGCCUGGAAGGACUGUUUUAGGUAAAAAGCCUUUGAGGGUCCCAACCGGAACGGCAGCGUCUUCUGUGGCCACAAGGGGUCGCGAGAGAGGUCCGUCUUGCCUCCCUGUCAAAGGUGAGAGGACCAAGCCUGAACCAAACUGGGAGACUCAGCCCUGAGUGCCCACUGUGGCCCGCCAGAGGCCUGGGUGCCAUUGUGUGCCUUUGGGAGACAACAGCCGAGGGACCAUCGGUUCCAUCAUGGCCACCUGGCUUGUGGCAAAAGUGACCCAUGCCCCAGAGGUGAUCAGCCCCCUGCCACCCUGCUGGCCAGUGUUGAGAUGGAGUCCGCUCCCUCUCGCCUGCCCUUCCUGGGUCCCGGUGCAGUCUGACACGAGUGAGCAGCCGCAGGAGUCUCCAGCUCUGGGCGCAGCCGUGUGGACUCCGUCUAGCAGCGCAAGCACCCCACCCAGGCCCACCGCUGAGCGGCCUCCACCUCUGGUCUUCCGGCCCGUGAGGGCCGUGUCCCCUCCCCUGUCCGCCUCAAGCACGCGCGGUGGCCAGCUUUAACCCUCUAACAGGAGCCUUGUUAGGCCCUUGCCUGUGCCAGUGACUGGACGUGAGCCACUCGGUCACCCCGCUCUGCACAGUCACCUUAGCCCUUCACUGAGUCCCUCUCAGAGCCAAAGCCCCUCGAGCACUUUCUGUCCUCUGCGAUUGGGCCCCCCCCCUUCCCCCCCCCCCCCCCCCCCCCCCCCCCCCCCCCGGCUUCUCCACGUGGCCCAGCGUGACUUCCUGGAUGUGAUUUUGAAUGACGUUGGUGAGUCUGCCUCCCUUGGGCCCCCCAUCCCUGCUGUUUUAUUUAUUGUUGAAUAUUUCCAAUGAUCCGAAUCAAAGUGAAUAAAAAAAGCUAUUUUAUCUUUC